AUGCAUCCAUCGAAAAGUGCUGGAUCUGCCAUCAUUUUGGUGCUCUUCGACGGGACUGGUUACAGGUCCUGGCGACGCGGUGUUCUUCACGCUAUAUCUGUGAAAAACAAAGUAGGUUUCAUCAAUGGCAAAAUUCAGAAACCAGCUGCAAAUUCACCCACAUUCGCUCAGUGGGAACGUUGCGAUGACAUGGUCACAUCGUGGAUUCUCAAUUCUCUAUCAAAGGAUUUAGCUGACAGCCUGUAUGACCAAACCAACGGCGCGAAACUCUAUCAACUCCAACAGGAGAUCAAUGAUCUCGCCCAAGAAAAUCUGGACAUUACAGGGUACUACUCCAUGCUUCGAAGACUCUGGGAAGAGCUUAACACUCUGGAUCCCAAUACUCAAUGUACAUGCCUGUGCACUUGUGGUGGUAAAACCAAGAUGCAUAAAGCGGAGCAGGAUCGAAAGCUUAUCCAGUUUCUGAUGGGACUUAACGAGGUCUACACUAUAGUGCGAGAACAAGAGCCAAAUGGAAAUGUGUAUAGAGGUCCUCCAAAUCAAUCUCAACAUGUCAACCAGACUUAUCAUUUUCCUGACAUCAACAGAGAAAAUUUGUUCUGUGAUUAUUGUAAGAAAGCUGGACACACAGAAGAAAAGUGUUACAGGUUGCAUGGUUUUCCCCAAAACUUCAAGUUCACUAGGGGAAGGAAUUCUGGAUCAGCAGCAUCUGCUCACGCCAACUGCGAUGCACCAAUGGACCAAGAUCAGGGAACUCAAAGCUUAACCAAGGACCAAUAUGAUCACCUGGUGAGAUUGCUUGAAAGCGUUCAGGUGCAGGGACCAUCUAGCAGUACCAAGGACACUUUGGACAACAUCAUGAGUAGAGCUGCGAGCUUUGCAGUGCAUUGUUUGGCAUCUGACCUUAAGAGUGUAAUAAGUUUCAAUGAUAUCUCAUGUUCCUUGCAGGGCCCUUCACUGAAGAGCCCUCUGGUGAUUGGUAGAGCAAGGAAUGGCCUUUACUUCUUCUACUCAAGAUGUCCUACUGUUAUCACCUCAUCUACUUCAGUCCCUAAUUGCUCUUCUUUACAUGCUUCAAAUAAGCAAGCUUUACAUCAUAUUCCCUCUUCUGUAACAUCUGUCAUUCCAAGAAAUAAAGCAGCUUGUUGUGAUAUAAAUUCCUCUGUUAUUCAUGUUGAUUGUCCUGAACCUACCAAGUCUUUUUCAUUGUGUACAUCUCAUGAAAAUAAUGUAGAUUACUUGUGGCACACUAGACUAGGACAUGUUCCUUUUGUUAAGAUGAGAGGUAUCCACACCAUACCUGUUAAAUUUUCACCCAAACUACCAUUUUUAUGCAAUGUCUGCCCCAUGGCAAGACAAGCAAGAAUGCCCUUUCCAUCCAACUCAACACCUUCUUCUACAAAGAUUUUUGAUCUUCUCCACAUAGACUUAUUGGGACCAUACCACACACCAACAUAUAACAAAUACAAAUAUUUCAUCACAAUAGUGAAUGAUUACAGCAGGUCAACUUGGACUCAACUAAUCAGUAGCAAAAGCAACACCCUGCAAACCAUAAAAGCUUUUACAUCCCUAAUAGAAAAUCAGUUUAGCACCACCAUUAAAACCAUAAGAACUGAUAAUGGUUUGGAAUUUGUCAACAAAGAAACAACUAUUUUUCUGCAAGCCAAAGGAAUCAUACACCAAAGAACAUGCCCAUACACACCACAACAAAAUGGUGUAGUGGAAAGAAAACACAAAUACCUCCUUGAAACUGCCAGAAGUCUGUUGUAUCAGUCUAAACUUUCUAUGAGCUAUUGGGGGAAGUGCAUUUUAACUGCAACCUACCUAGUAAACAGACUACCUUCCAUAGCCAUCCAAAACAAAACUCCUUUUGAAGUAUUGUACCAAAGACCACCCACAUAUUCACAUCUAAGAUCCUUUGGCUGCCUUUGUUUCCCUACCACUCUCAAAACCCACAAGGAUAAGUUUGAACCUCAAUCCACUCCACAUGUUUUCAUUGGAUAUCCAUUUAACACAAAGGGUUACAAGGUUUUAGAUCUAAGCACCAAGCAAAUACACAUUUCAAGAGAUGUACUAUUUCAUGAAAAUAUCUUCCCUUUUGCCGUCUCUUUUCCUGAUUCUAGUUUUAAUUCUGUACUGAGAUGUCUUGAUGUUAAUUCUAAAUUGUCGAACUGCACAAACAGUACUUUGAAUAAUGCUCAUGACUUGAAUGAAAACAACUCAAUUACUGUCACAGAUAAUACUAUUAAUGCCAAUUUACCACACAUUGAGACGUCAGUUAAUGAAACCAUUCCAUCAGAUAGCCCAGAAAUAUCUCCACAUAUCACUAUUUCUACUACUUCCAGUUCACAACAACAACCUCAUGCACCUAGAAGAUCAAGUAGGACACAUUCUGUACCAAAAUACCUAAAUGAAUACAACUAUAAUCUGCCCAAUCUGCAACCUCAGUCAUGA